AUGGCAAUCCCUUGGCUGUGCCUUGUGAUUCUGCCAGUUGCAUCUCAAGUCGUGCACCAGUGGACCAGCCAGCGCGGUGGUGAGAAAGAAGAUAAGGCUCGCGCCUUGCAGGUGGAUGCUAAUGGCAGCGCCUGGGUGGCAGGUUACACGGAAAGCUCACUGGAUGGGCACACCAACGCGGGCGGUCGGGACAUCUUCCUCAUGAAAUUUGAUGCCCAGGGUGUGCACCAGUGGACGCGCCAGCGCGGUGGUGAGAGGGAUGACUUUGCUUAUGGCCUUCAGGUGGACGACGUUGGCAAUGCCUUGGUGGCAGGCUCCACGUUGAGCUCCCUUGAUGGUCACACCAACGCGGGCGAAUCUGACAUCUUCCUCAUGAAAUUCGACGCCCAGGGUGUGCACCUGUGGACGCGCCAGCGCGGUGGUGCGGGCAGUGAUUGGGCAACGGCCCUGCAGGUGGAUGCUAAUGGCAGCGCCUGGGUGGCAGGCUUCACGGACAGCUCCCUGGAUGGGCACACCAACGCGGGCGAUGCUGACGUCUUCCUGAUGAAGUUCGAUGCCCAGGGUCUCCACCAGUGGACCCGCCAGCGCGGUGAUCAGUGGGAUGACAAAGCUAAAUCACUCCAGGUGGAUGCCAAGGGCAACGCCUGGGUGGCUGGCGAGACUAAAUUGGAGGAGUUCGCCUUUUUUGCUGGUGCUCGUCCCCAAUUGGAUGUCUUUCUCAUGAAAUUCGAUGCCCAGGGCGUCCAUCAGUGGACUCGUGUCCGCUGGGGUUACGGUGACGACAAAGCUCGUGCUUUGCAGGUGGAUGCCGAGGGCGAUGCCUGGGUGGCUGGCUACACAGACAGCUCGCGCCUGGAUGGACACGACAAUGCUGGCGGACGCGACGUAUUUCUUAUGAAAUUCAAUGCCCAGGGGGUCCAUCAGUGGACUCGUGUGCACGGCGGUAAAGGCUCGGAUAUGGCUCAGGCCCUACAGGCGGAUUGGGUGCGACGUCUUGGGAACAUUUUUCAUGGAGCAAAGCUCCUGGACUCCUUAUUAGGGUCCAUGAUCUGUAGAUCAACCUGUUGUGGGUUCCUCCUCUUUUGA